AUGAGGCUCACCACUUGGAAUGUCAAUGGCAUUCGCAAUCCAUUCUCUUACCAUCCAUGGAGCAUUACAAAGACCUUUCCGGCCAUGUUCGAUAUCCUCGAAACCGACAUUAUCGUUAUGCAAGAACUCAAGAUUCAGAAGAAGGAUUUGCGUGACGACAUGGUGAUACUCGAUGGCUGGGACUGCUAUUCAGGUGUAGGUAUCUAUACUCGCAACGCCGCUUGCUCUCCCAUCCGAGCUGAAGAAGGAAUUCUCGGAGUUUUGACGCCACCAAACUCUACAACUCAAUUUCGCAGCCUGCCAGAGUCUCAGCAGAUCGGAGGAUAUCUCUCCGAGAUGGAACUUGCAGAGCUCGGCGUUGAUCCUCUCCUUCUGGACGCCGAAGGCCGUUGUGUGUGUCUCGAGUUCCCUGCGUUCGUUCUCUUUGGGGUCUACAGUCCCGCCAACUCGAAUGGUCUCCGGGAUGACUUUCGUUAUGCCUUCCUCAGUGCUCUGGACUGCCGCAUACGUAAGCUCAAUAAGAUGGGCAAGCGGGUUGUCUUGGUUGGCGAUCUCAAUGUUUCUCGAGGCUUGAUCGAUACCGCCUCGUCUGCUGAGGAUAUCAAGAAGGCCGGCUUGACGAGUGAGGAAUACGUCAGUACUCCCAAUCGUCGUAUCUUCAACCAGCUCAUCAUCAGCGGUGAAGUCUAUGGCGACAGAGAUGAAGGCCGAGAGCAGCCUAUCUUGCUUGACACCACCAGAGAGUUUCAUCCUGAGAGAAAAGGCAUGUACACUCAUUGGGAACAGAAGAUCAAUGCAAGACCUGGAAACUUCGGAAGUCGCAUUGACUUUGUUCUGGCAAGCGGUUCUAUGCGUGAGUGGUUUGUUCAUGCUGAUAUCCAAGAAGGUCUCAUGUUCAAAGAUGUUGUCAGUGUCGAAGGCGAUGACGGACGAUCAGAAGUAAAGCUGGUCGAUAUCAUGAACCCUUCUGGUGUAUUCAACAACGGCAUUCGUCAGAAGGAAUGGAACAUCAAAGAUCUACCUCCUUUCAGUGCCAGACUCAUGCCAGAGUUCUACCAAAGAAGGAGCAUCAAGGACAUGUUCAAGAAACCUAACGCUCCUAGCACCUCAGCCUUCGCAGCUGCUUCUUCAAACAGCCAGACAGCAACAAUAUCAACUUCCCAGCCCUUGCAACCCGCCGAUGAGCUUCCUGCUACAAAUGAAUCUGCUUCCGUAGCAGCACCCUCCUCGAAGAUCGCUGUUUCCCCUUCGCCAGACAGGAAACGCAAAGCAUCAGAGACGUCUACAUCUCAAACAACGAAGAAGCAGAAGCCCGCUACUAGCUCCACAUCAAAGGCGGCUCCUGCCAAAGGACAAAAGAGUUUGAAGGGCUUCUUCCAAUCAAAGCCCAAGCCGGAAGAGCCGGUCAAGAGUGCAAACGGAAGUGGACCUGAUACAAUCGAGACCGUUGAUUCUAGAGAUGCAGAAGAGCGAGUGAGCGAUCUAUCCAUGUCCGAAACAGCCUUUUCAACAUCCACACCACAUUCGCUCAGCGUCAAAGCCUUGACGUCUCCUGCUAAUGCACAAGGUAGUCCUGUGGUUUCUAAUAGCCCCUCAGCGCUCGAAGCUCAAUCUCUACCUCCUUUCGGUGAUGAUGACGAGAUGGUAUACGACCCAAUAGUCAACAAGGAGUCCUGGCAGACACUGUUUCGCAAGCCAGCAGCACCAUUGUGCGAAAGUCACGAAGAGCCAUGUAAGAGCAUGCAGACCAAGAAGAAGGGAGAGAAUCAGGGGCGUAGCUUCUGGAUGUGUGCAAGACCGCUGGGGCCUUCAGGUACGAAGGAGAAAGGUACACAAUGGCGAUGCCCGACAUUCAUAUGGUGCAGCGACUUCAAGGCAUGA